UCAAGAUCAAGAUCGCGCCGAGACCGACACAGCGCACAGCCGUUCAGAGCAGAUCUCCCCUUGGUCUCCAUCGUCAACGCUAACAAGAUCGACAUCUGGGUCCAAUGAAGCUUCUUGUGAAUAUGGGCUCCGCCCUUGGCCAGGCCAUGCAUCAUGGCGUUUCACACUGCCCACCGUCGAUCGGCAUUGCCUCCCGCCUUCUCAAUCCGACGGCAGCGCUUGCAAAUCGACCCACCGCUCUGUCAACGCCGUCGAUAGUUUCGCCAUGGUGUUCUCCGUGCCCCUUCAUCGCUUCUCAAAUUCGUCCAAAGACCUAUCGAAAAACCGACACAAAGGGUCGCAAGCGCUAUCUGAAAGCGAUUACGCUCCUGCGCGAACAAGGCAUCGAGCCCGUGCGAAGAACAUUCCCAGAGACAGAAAACCGUUUCUGGAAAAUCACAGGGAACAUGAAAGUUUAUAAGCCUGUUAGCCCCGGCUGCCGUCAUCGUCGUCAGCUCACUCGAGACCAUCUGUGGAAAGGCUCGUGCAUCCAUCGAUUGUCGUUCGGCAAGCGCUCGACCGGUGGCCGAAGCACUCGAACGGGAUCCGUCACCGUGCGACACCGGGGUGGUGGCCACAAGCGCCGUGUGCGCCUGAUCGACUUUAUGCGCACCGCCCCAGGCCCACACGAGGUCGUGCGUUUGGAGUACGAUCCCAAUCGCAACUGCAAUCUGGCGCUGCUCCGCAACAUGUCGACCAACGAAUUUUCGUACAUUAUCCACCCGAAAGAUGUCAAUGUGGGCGAUACGAUCCAUUCGUGGCGAAGCGGCAUUCCUGCUCCUGCCCCUGGAGAGGAGCCUCUGUCCAGGGCUACGAUGAUCAAGAGUGGCAACUGCUUGCGCCUGCGCGAUCUUCCUAUCGGCACAGUCGUUCAUAACAUUGGACUCAAGUCCGAUGGUCCUGCUCAGCUCUGCCGCUCCGCUGGCACAAGCGGCCAAGUGCUCGAUAACGAUGCCGAUGGCAAAACCGGGUUUGCACACGUCCGCCUCAAGAGCAAGGAAGUCCGCUUGAUUCCAUCUGAAGCGUGCGCCACCGUUGGCGUUGUUGGCAAUGAGGAUUACAAGCUGAUUGUCUGGGGCAAAGCCGGUGCCAGCCGCCGACGCGGCCUCCGCCCCUCGGUCCGUGGUAUUGCCCAGAGUCCAUACGAUCACCCGCACGGUGGUGGCUCCAAAUCCAAGGGCAACAAGCACCCCAGAACGCCGUGGGGCAAGAAGACCAAGGGCUGGAAAACAGUUCGCAAGCUCCGAAAGAGAUGGCACAUCAUCACUCCCAAGUGGAAAGCCAAGAUGUCAAGCUAAACAGAUCGCGGCUCCAAUCCUGCGCUUUGGUCCAGAGUGUUUUGCCUGGUUCAAAAUGACUCAGGCCCCUUGCUUCAGCCACCUCGAGAAAUAACGUGGCACCGCUCUGGCGGCUCCACGAUCCAUUACAGCGCUGGAGAAACGAACGAGGACUCUGCUCCCGUUUUUCUCCAAAGCCCACGGGUCCUGAAUACACAGCCAUCCAUCAUCCGUA